CUGUUGAUAUUUGCAAAUAGAACUAGCAAUGGAUAUAGUUAUAGUGAAAGCAAAAUUAGUUGAGCAAACAUGGUCAAUUCCCUUGCUUCUUUCGCUUCUCGUCUUGUUCCUCAACUUAUUCCUUAACUUCAUCAAGCGUAGCAAGCUCAAAUUGCCCCCAUCGCCACCCAAACUCCCCAUAAUUGGCAACUUGCACCAAAUAGGCACACUUCCUCAUCGUUCUUUCCGAACUUUGUCCACCAAAUAUGGCCCUCUAAUGUUGUUACACAUUGGCCAUACUCCAACUCUCGUAGUUUCAUCAGCUGAACUGGCUGAAGAAAUGGUGAGAAACCAUGACAUUGUUUUCUCAAACAGGCCUAUAACCACAGCUGUAAAAAUCUUGCUUUAUGGGUGCAAGGACUUUGGGUUUGCACCAUAUAAUGAGUACUGGAGACAAGCUAGGAAAAUUUGUGUUCUUCAUCUUCUAAGCCUGAAAAGAGUGCAAUCAUUUCAGUUUGUGAGAGAAGAAGAAGUUUUAACACUGAUUAAUAACAUACGUGGUAGAUGUCUCGAUGCUAGUCCAAUUAAUAUGACUGAGAUGUUGCUUGGCACCUCUCACAAUUUAAUUUCUAGGUGUGUGAUUGGGCUGAAGGGUGAUGAAGAAGGUGGCAGUGGAGCUCGAUUCGGGGAGGUAACCAGAAGAUUUAUGCAUCAGAUUUCGGAAUUUAAUGUUGGGGACAUGUUUCCUUCAUUUGGAUGGUUGGAUGUUCUUUCUGGGUUUAUUGGUCGACUGAAAGAGACGGCUAAAGAAAUGGAUGAGUUUCUUGAUAAGGUGAUUGAAGAGCAUAAGGCUUUGAAAUCCUACGAUGAAAAAGACUUUGUGCAUAUUCUCCUUCAGCUUCAAAGCGAUGGCAUGCUCGGCACUGAGCUCACUAGGGACCACUUCAAAGCUAUUUUGGCGGACAUGUUCGUGGCAGGAACCGAAAGUGUGGCAACAGCAACAGAAUGGACAAUGGCUGAACUGAUGAGGCAUCCGAAUAUUAUGAAGAAAGCCCAAGACGAAGUUCGAAAGGUGGUAGGAAAGAAACCCAAGAUAGAUGCAGAAGACAUCCAUCGCAUGGACUACUUGAAAUGCAUUAUCAAAGAAACAUUGAGAUUACAUCCACCGGCUCCUCUCAUGUCUCCUCGACAAACAUCGACGAGUGUGAAAUUGGAAGAUUACCAUAUCCCUCCGAAAACAACAGUGUUUGUGAAUGUGUGGGCAAUCCAAAGGGAUCCCGGGUUAUGGGAAAUGCCUGAUGUAUUUUAUCCCGAGAGAUUUGAGAAUGUGGAAUUCGAUUAUAAAGAUCCCAAGAGCUUCCAAUUCAUCCCCUUUGGAAUAGGAAGGAGGACUUGCCCCGGAGUGUCCUUCGGCCUUAUUGCUGUUGAAUAUGUAAUUGCUAACCUUCUCUAUUGGUUUGACUGGAAGUUGCCCCCUCAUAUCUCUGCUCAGAACUUGGACAUCACUGAAGCUUUCGGGUUAGGCGUUUGCAUGAAGUUUCCUCUCUGUCUCCUGGCAAUGCCUUAUCGUCCUUAGUCCACCUAGUUAACAUUUCCAAUUCAAGUCCAUUUCGCUCCCACCUAAAGCCAUUUACUAUGCUAUGAAAUAAUAAAGGAAAAGAAUAUUAGAGUUAUUUAAGGGUACUAGAUCGAGCACAUAAUCUGCUCUACUUGCACCACAUUGUUUUAUGAUUGAAUUUAACUGUGUUUGUUUCCAUGUGAUAAAUAAUUUUGCAUAUCUUCCCUUUCCA